AUGGAGAGUAACGAGCAGGUGAACAAAGCCCCUGGUACAGCCGAUAACACUAGCGAAGCUGGAAAGGGUGAGAAAACUCGUCGACGUUCCGUAAGAGGUCGUAGAUCCUCUAUAAGGGUAGAAGUAGAAGGCUCGUCACCAGUUGUUGUUGCUGCACCUCUAUCAGAGUCAAUCAUGCAGAAUACAGUUGUUGAUAAAGUAGCCCUGCUCGCCCAAAGGAGAGAUCAAAUCAUCGGUUAUACCGAACGCUUACGAUCUGAAAAGGAAGAAUGGAAUCAGUUACUAGAGAGGCAGCGCAUGAAAACGCAACAAGCAAAUAGUAAGGUUGAUCGUCCUUAUGAACGUAAAUCUUCUGCUCGUGUACCUAUCGAGAACCUUGGUCAAAACGAAAGCAUGCAGAAGCCUCGAUAUGUCUUGAACCGCGUUCUCCGUGCUUUCAACAAGCAGAAUGAAGGCUUCCAAAACCAAAAAGCUGUGGACGAACUCCGGGCUGAAUGCGAGUCGAUUUCCUCUUCUAUUGAUGUUCUGCAUCCGGUUCCCACAUUGGAUCGGCCUCCUCGUCCUCAAUCACGCAGUCUCAAUAUCGAGGUCUUCGUUAAAUGA